AUGUUAUAUCCUCGACGUUUUAGCGACUUGCAAAUUUUAAUAAUAUUUUGGAGUAUUAUUUAUCAUCUAACUCUUCUGACUAAUGCUAAUGAUCUAUACAUAAAUGGAAUCAUUGAAAGUCAAUUUAAAACUGGCUAUCAAUAUAUGUAUAAAUGGAAAGUUAUCCAUCAAUUGUAUAAUUCCUAUAAACUCACUAAUGAAACUAUUAGAAAUAAUAAAAUAAAUAAUCAAAGUUAUAUUAUAGAAGGAUUAGCAAAGAUUGUCAUUGGACCAAAUUGUGAUAUGAGAUUAUCUCUUCAACAAGUAGAAGAACCUGGAGAAAUUCAAACAACUGGAAAUUUAACUUAUCAUGAAAAAUAUCCAAUAAAAUUUUGUCUCAUUAAUGGCAAACUUAUAUCAUUUGAAUAUUUAUGGGAAGAUGAAAUAUCUUCUGUUAGAAUUAAAAAAGCCUUAUUACUUCAAUUGCAAAUGUCUUCACAAACAUAUGGACAACAAUUUUAUACUGUUGAAAUAGAUCAUUUGGGUUCAUGUCAAACAGAAUAUAUUCCUAAAACUAUCAAUUCAUAUUCAGUGACUAUGAUCAAGAAACGAAAUUCAAUGUUUUGUAAUGAUGAAUAUCAACCAUUUAUUUUAACAAAUAAUUCAAAAUUAAAUGAUCAACAGUUCAUAAUAAAUAAUCGACCUUUAUAUUUACAAAGUGAUUUAAUAUGUGAAUUAACACAUAAACUAAAUGGACCAAUAAUAAAUGUCAACUGUCAAGAAACUUCAAUCACUCAACAACAAUGGUUUCCAUUAUUUUCUAUAAACAUCUUAACUUUUAAUGUAAAUAUGCAAAUAAAUCUCACUGAAGAAACUGAAUAUAAUGGUAAAUUUAUAAAAUUUGAUGGAAUAUCUGAAAUGCAUAUUGAAGUACCCGAUAAAAAUCAAACAUCAUUGGUUAAUAAUUUAAUUAUAGAAAAUAAUAUCACAAAUUAUAGUUAUAUUAAUAUGAUAAUGAAUUCACCUAAGAAAUUCAAUUAUUUUAUUGAACAAUUGAAGUAUUUAACUUAUGAACAAUGGAAAAUAGUAUACAAUACGUGGGAACAAAGUAUUCAAACAAUAGAAAUUAGAAAUUUUCUUGAAAAUAUUAUGUUGGAGGUUCAAACUGAAUCAUCGAUAAUCUUUAUUAUAAAUCAUUUUAUUAUUAAUGCAAAAAAUGAAUAUAAACAACUUGAAUGGAUUAACCAUCUUAGUAUAAUGAAAAAACCAACCAUUGAGUUGAUGAAAGAGAUCAAGAGCUUGUUAACAGAUCAUUUAUACAACUAUACAGUUUAUUAUGUCAGUUUAAGUAUAAAGCAUUUUUGUGAAAAUCAUCCAUCAUGUAUGGAAUCUCAAAUAAUCAAAGAAAUGGUAGACAUUAUUGAAAAUGCAAUUGAUUUACAAGACAACAAAAAGUUAUUAAAAACCCUAGAGAUCAUUGCAAACGUUGGUGAAGUUUUAUCUUCUCAAAAAAUUAUUUCAAUUAUUCAAAAAAUUUUAAUUGAUUAUAAAAUGGAAUAUAAUGAUAAUUUACGAUUAUAUUUUGGACAAAUAAUUGAACAUUUCCAAUGUGAACAAAAUAUCGAUAAUAUUCUAUGGAAUGUAUUUUCAAAUACUACUGAAUCCAAUGAAUUAAGAAUUACAAUUUUUAAUUCAUAUAUUAAAUGUUUAACGGAUGAAAAAAUGAAAAAAAUUAUGAAAGUUUUAAAUAAAUCUUUAAACAUUCAAAUUCGAUCAUAUAUAAUAUGUAAAUUGAUUAGUUUAUUAAAAACAUAUGAUCCUUCUAAAAAGCAAUUACAAUUAAAAGUUUAUAAAUAUGAAAAUGAAAUUAUCCAAUUAAAUAAAGAUUAUGGAUUUCUAUUUAGAAUUAGAAAUUCUGGAUAUUAUGAAUGGAUUCAAAAAACCAAAUAUGGUGACUUUUUUAUAGAAUUAUCAAUAAUAUACGAAUCAUACAGUAUACUACCGAACGUUAUUAGAAUGAAAUUAAAAUAUCAAAAUAAAGAAAAAUUAUCUAAUAUUAUCGAUGUUCUAUAUCAAUACGGCAGUGAAACAUUCCUUUACAAAUUUCUGAUCAGUCUAAUCAAAACAAUUACAUCAACUUAUGUUCCAUGGAUGAAAGACUAUACAGAAAAUAUUGAUAACCAGACUCAAACAUCGAGAAAAUAUGAUUCGAUUUUCAUCAAAUGGUUUGAUAAGAUUGUAUUUCACUCAUCAAAUAUAAGUUAUCAACUUCAAAAUUGGUUUACUACUGAGAAGAGUUUCUUGAGUCAACCAAUCAAAAUGAAUCAUGCAAAACAUCUAUGGAAAUCAAAAAAUGAGCAUCCAUUAUUAAGUGGAUUCUAUAUUGAGUGGAAAACAAAUGUUAUUUCUUAUAUGAAUUCCUAUAUGAAUAAUGUGUACAGUUUAAAUCCGUAUCAGUUUUCAUUAUUCAUAAAUCACAAAUCAAAAUUUUAUACUUCUCAAACAGUACAACUUGUGAGUGGAUCCUAUGAAAUUUUUGGUUAUCAAUCGGAUAAACAAAUUGAUUUGAAUUUUCAUGUAAAUAAUAGUUUUAAACUUGCCACUGAUUCCAAUAAUUUGUCAAUAGAAAUAUUAUUUGAUCCGUGGAGUUAUAAUUAUGAAUUAUUUAAAUACAUAAAAACUGAUUUUUUCAUGAAAAAUGGUAAACUAUAUACAAAUUUUCAAUCAUCAAUAAUAAAUCAUUCAAUAAAAACAACUCUCCAACCUUUUAAUUGGUUACAUUUAAAUAUUGAUAAGUACUGUAAUUAUGAGGAUCUAUACUCAUCAAUUCAUUGGUUUCAAAUCAAUAUAAUUGAAAUCAAAGGAUUUUUAUUCAAAUUUAAUUACUUAUCUACUAAUCAUAAAGAAACAAAAAACAACAUAACUGACAAUAUUCAACAAUUAAAUGUAUCCAUGCAACAGAAUUAUAAAGUAAAAAAUAAUAUUUUCCAAUUCAAUAUUAAGAUAAAACAGGAUAAUAAUGUACAACAUGUUGAUUUAAAUUGUUUACUAUUUCACAAAGAUUCAUAUCAUUUACAAAUCCACAUUACUGAAGACGGUUUAAUACAAGCAAUAGGCUACUUUAAUGAACAAAGAGUGAUCAAAGCGAAUGGAAGUUUAGAAGUUCAAGGGAACGAUACAAAUGCAAGGAUACAUCUUCAUAAUCCUUCCAUAUUUUUAAAUGUUAGUUUUAAAAAAUACAACAAUUCUUUUCUCGUUGUACAAGCUAUUAGUCAAGCUGAUCAUUAUCCAUUCCAAUUCAGUUUGAUUAAUUAUGUAAUCAAUGAACAAAAUUUUAAAAUGUUAACAAUCAGUACAUUUCAAACAUCAUUAUAUUUGAAUGUAUCCAAUUAUUUGAAAAUAUAUUGGAGUAUUAAUUUAAAUUCUACAGAAGAUAAUCAUUUACCUUCAUAUUAUAGUAAAAUGUUAUUUAAUAUAACAAUAUUUCAACAUUUUCUAAUUUAUCAAACUUCAAUCUAUUGGAAUGAGACAUCAACUAAUAAUACUAUUAUUAAUACGAAUGAAAAUGAUAAAAAUAUAACAAUCUUCAAUUUCGAAUGUACCAUCAAUAUGUUUAAAACAAAAGAAUUUCUGACUCCAUAUUAUGGACAACCGACUAAAUUUCAUAUCCAUAUUGAAUUUGUAACUCCAAAUAAAAAUAGUCUUCGUAAAUUCUCUUUAAUGACUCAUUAUGGGGUUAAUAUUCAGCAAUUAAGGAGUAUUAAAACGUCAGUCACCUCCACUUUUGCUGAUGAAAAGAUUGGUUAUAUUCUAAACAAUGAACUAGAAUGGAAAUUAACUGAUAUUGGAAUUAUAAACAAAUUAUAUAGUACAACUAAUAUUUAUUCGAAAUCAAUGAGUGAAUCAAUUAAAUUAAUUUUAUUACAUAAUAUUGAAAAUCAAUUAUUAUCAUCAAUACUUAUGGAAUAUAAUAAUCAAUAUCAACAAAAAGUGUAUUCAAUCAAAAGUUGGUUGCAACCAUGGCGUAAUUUACAUGAAUUUACAUUACAAUGGCCAAACUUAAGAUUAUUAAAAAUUAUAACUAUAUAUGAUAUAAUACCAAUAGAUUUAUAUAGUGGGAUAACAUUGGAUCAUUUAAUUUAUAUGAAUGAUAUAAAAUAUUAUAUUAUUAAAAAUCAAAUAAUGUUUAAAUUAGAUGAACAAAAAUUAUUUAUUUUAAAUCAAAUUAAAAAAUUAAAUAUAUUAAAUACUACUGAAUUAACUUUCAUUAAAAGCAAUAUAACAACAAAUGAAGAAAUUAUUUUACAAUUAGAAUUUAUGAUGCAAUUAUAUUAUCAUAUAAAAUUAUUACCAUUUUAUAUACAAAUUGUAUGUGAAAAUAAAAUUUAUUUUUAUUUAUCUCAUUAUAAAAUAAAUAAAAAUUUUAUAGGUAAAUUUAUAUUGAACAUAGAAAAAUUAAAAAGUAACAUACAAUUUGAAUUGUCAAAUAAUUAUUCAAAUAAUCAAUCAAAUCAAAAUAUUCAAUUACAAUUUAAUUAUGAUUUUAUUAAUAAAUCGAUAAUUCAUAUAUUGUUUAAAAUAAAUACACAUUUAAAUAUACAAAAUAAUUUGAUGAUUUAUUGGAAAUCAAUAAAUCAUUCACAUUAUUUUAUCAUAAAUUGUAUAACUACAUCAUAUGGUAAAUUUAUUUAUCAUUUUAAACAUAAAUGGUAUAAUAUUUAUAAUUUUGAAGGUUCUAAUAUGUUAUCCAUCAAAUCAUUUAUAAAAAGUCAUUGGUUUAAUGAAUUUUAUUUAAAUAAUAAUUAUAUUUUACAAUUAAACACAAAUGAAAAAUUAUUUGAAAUACAUAUUGAAUAUAGUACAAUUCAUUCAUUAGGUCCUGGUACACCAAUUCAUAUGAGAAUAUUAUUUAAACAUGAUAAAUAUUAUAAACAUGGUAAUUUAGAAAUGAGUUUAGAUUCACAAAUAAUUGGUUAUUAUAUUGGAUAUGAAAUGAUGAAUACUAUGAUUCAAUAUCAUUUACAUACAAUGAAUGUUAAUAAAUCAAUAGAUUUUAUUAGUCAUUGUAUAAUUGGAUAUCGUUUUUAUGAAGGUCGUGGUACAAAAGGAUAUCAAAUGGAAUUAUAUAUUAUACAAAAUAAUAAAAAUGAUCCAUUUAAUAUUCUAUUUAAAAUUGGACAAUCUGGUUUCAUUCAUCAAAAUAUAAUAGAAUAUAAUCAUUUAAUACAAAAUAAUCGAAUAAAAUUUCAAAUUUCUACCAUUUAUUUAAACAAUCCUUAUGCUCAUAUAAAUUUUGAUAUUCAUUUUAUUGAGAAUUUAUUAUUACCUAUUUAUUCAAAUAUUAGUUUAUUUAUUCCAUGGAAUUCUUUAAGAAUAACUAUACAAGAACAAUUAAAAAUCAAUAAAUCUUCUUUAAUCAUUUAUGAGAAUUUAUUAAUUUUGAUGAAUCAAUCAAUAAUAUUUUAUUAUUUUAAUCAAUCAUUUAUAUAUGAAAAUAAAUUCAAUGAAUCUUUAAAUAGAUUUAAAUAUAUAAAUUUACAAUGGAAUACAAAUGUAUACAAUUCACAUUUUAAUAUAUUAUCAUAUAAAUGCUUACAGUAUACUAUAAAUAAUGAAUAUUAUGAACAAUUAAUAGGAAAUUGGAAUUCAUCUAUUUAUUUCUUAUGGAUCCAAAAUCAUUCUAAUAAUUAUUUAAAUAUUUAUUAUAAUUUAACUGAUCAUAUAUGGAAUAAUAAAAUUAAUGGAAAUAUUACUGAAAUUACUGAACUGAAAUUAAAUUCUAUUAUAAAUAGAUUUGAUUAUUAUGGAAAUAUUAUAAUAUCAUAUUAUCAAAUUGAUUUUAAAUUUAAAAAUAUAACAUGUAUUUAUAAAAAACAGUUAAAUCAUUCUAUGAUAAUGUAUUAUAUUGAAUUUAAUUACUAUCAAAAUCAAACAAUUUAUAUUGAAUAUUUAAUAGAAUCUAUAUAUAAACAACAAGAAGCUGAUUUGAUUUCUUAUCAAUUUUAUAAUAAAAUGAAUAAUAAUACUAUUUUAAAUGUUUAUUUACAAUUAGAAAAUUUUGAUACUUUUCAAGUUAGUAUAAAGUUCAUACCAAUUAAUUUUACUAAUAUUCAAUUUAUUGAUAUUCAAUUGACAACUAGUAUAUCUGUUAGUAAUACUGAUUGGAUGUUAAAUAGUACAAUGGAAAUUCAACCAUAUUUACCUAAAAUUUUAAUGCUAAUCAAAAUAUACCCAAUUAUAUUACCUUUAGAUAGUAAUAAUCAUGAUUUAUUACAAUUUCAUUCUAAACCAUUGCAAUGUUCUAUUUUAAUCAAAAAUACAAAUAAAUAUAGUGAAUGGAAACUUUUUAAUAUGUCAUUUAUACAAACAUUUUAUAAUGAAUCUAAUAUACAAACUAAAACUUUAUCCAUACAAUUAUUAACACCAUUAAUAAUAUUACCUUAUAUUACAAUGACAGUAAAUAAAUCCAUUCAACGUAUAACUACUAAUGAAACAUUUAACAAUUUAAUGGAAUUUAAUCAUACUACUAAUUACAAUCAAUCAAUUAAUAUUCAAACGAAAUUAAUACAAAUCAGUAAUAAUGAUAAUCAUAAUAAUAAUAAUUUAUCUAUUUUAAUCAGUAUUCAUAAAAAAUACGAGUUAUUAUUAGAUAUUAGAAAAAUUAUAAAAAAGUCUUUAUUUUUUAAUUCUGUAAAUAUUUCAUUAUAUAAUAAACAAAAACAGUUAGGUAAUUUUUUACAAAUUUUUGAAAUAAAUCAAUUAAAUAACCAAAUAAGCAUUUAUCAGUUAAAACAAUAUUUACAAAUGAUCAAUAAUAAUAACAGCAAUAAUAAUAAUUACAAUUUAUCAAUCCAUUUAAUUCAUUCAAAUAAACAUAUUAAUAAUUUUUUUAAUUUAUUUAAUUUAAAUUUCAAUUCAAAUAUACCAAUAUUAAUUAAACAACAAAUUAAUGAAAUUAAUAUUUAUUUAGAAAAUAAUAAUAGUAUUAUUACUACUAAUAAUAAGCAAUUCAAUAUUAAAACAAUAUUUAAUUAUUCAUUACAUGGUAUUCAGUUAAUUCAUUAUCAGUUACAAACUAAAUUAAUUAAAAGUAAAUAUUUAUUGUUAUUUUUUAAAUACCAAAUACAUUUAAACAAUAAAUGGAUAAAAUUAAAACAAAAUCAAAAAUGUUUUAUUGAAUUUCAAAUUAUUAAAAAAACUAAUUAUUCAAUUAUAUUUAAUUAUAAUGAAAAAUAUUCAAUAAUCAAUUAUGAUAAAUCACAAUCCUUAUUUAUGUUGGACAUUGAAAAUGUUAUAUUUUUUAAAACAAAUAUCAUCAAAUUAAUUUUAUUAUUAUUAUAUGAUACUGCUAAUAAAUCGAAUUACACGAAACAAAAUAUACAACAGAUUACUAAUAAAACUUUGUUUAUAAAUAAUGAAAAUAAUUUAAUCGAUUUCAUUUUAAUAAUUCCUAAUUUUAUUGAUUUUGUUUUCAAAUAUCAAAUAUAUAAAACUGUUGAAUUUAAACAAAUUUAUGAAAUUUCAAUUAUAAGCUUGAAUAUGUCCACUACUUUAUUAUAUAUUCCAUCUCUAAAUUAUAUAUUAUCAAUGAAGAAACAAAAUAUUCCAUUUAAACAAAUAAUAGCCAACUUGGAUUAUUUUGGAUUUAUUAAGAAUUUAUUAUGUAAUAAUAUUAAUCAAUCAAAUCUUAUAUUACAGACAAAUAGUAUAAAUAAUCAAAAUAAAGUCAUUAUAAUCAAAAGUUCUUUACAAUUAUAUAAAAAUACUUCUUAUAACACUAAUAUACAUGUGAAUCUUAAUCCCAUAACUAAAACAAUCAUUUCAUAUAUCAUUGAUAUGAAUAUGAAUAAAAUAAAUAGUAAUUUAGAAAAUCUGUAUAUUCAAUUUUAUACAAAAUAUGAUCUAAUAUAUCAAAACAAUUUCAUUUCUAUAUUAAAUAUAAAUUUUACUAUAUUAUUAAAUCAUUUACAUAAUAAACAAAUUAUCAGUUUAUCGAUUCCAAACAUUUCAAAUAAUAAUAAUAAUAGUGAAAUAUAUAUUGAAUAUUUAUCAGAAAUUCGGAAAAAAUCAAUAAUUAUUAGAACAUUAUUAAGGAAAUUAACUUAUUCUAUUGAAUCCAAUCAAUUUAUAACAAAUGAUAAUAAUAAUAUUUAUAAAAAUAAAACAAUUAUAUAUGAAUCAAUCAAUAUGACAAAUUUUAAAGGAAAUAAUAUUAAAAUUAAAUUUACUAGCUUUCAGAAUUAUUAUAUCUUAUAUAAUGAUAAGAAAAGUGAUAAACAUAUAGAAAGAUUAAAACAUAUUGGUUUUAAUCUAGAAACAAAUAUAUUAAAACAAGGUUCUAUAAAUAUUCUAAGCGAAAUAUCCAAAUCUCCAGAUAACACUCAGUUGAUAGUAACCAUGAAUCAUGGGUAUAAUUCAACUGUUGAUCACCAAUUUAUUGUUACAUGGCCACAUGUUUUCGAGGAGAAACAUUAUCCUUUAUUAUUUCUAAAAACUUCGAACAAGUUUUUGAAUUUAACUGGUAGUUAUUUUCAACAAUCGGGAAUAUUAAAUACAUCCCUUCAUAUUAUUACAAAUAAACACCACACACAAUGUAAAUUCUACUGGAAAAAAUGGAAUUCUAUUCACCUACUGAUUGAAAAUUAUCUGGAACUGAAUUACAAUCUUAUUUAUCAAAAUUAUAAUAAUAAUAUUUAUCAUAUUAAAUAUGAUUAUCAUGAUAUUUUUCAAAUAAUCUACCAGUUAUAUAAUCAAAAUAAAUCAUUUAACAUUAAUUAUAUGAUUUCAAUGAAUUAUCAAGAUAAAAAUAUGAUUGCUAAAAAUGCUGAUUUAUUAGUUAUUAAGUCAGUAAUCGGUUCCAAUGAACACAAUACAGUACUGCAAGUCAAAUUAACCAAGAAUUAUGGCGCCCUGUUACAAGUAAUCAGUCAUCAUCAGUCAAUCAAUCAAAGUAAUUUGAAUGGUCGCCUUAUAGUACACCUAGAUCAUUCAAACAUUCUUCAUUUGUUUUCGUACUGGAGUCCAGAAAUAAGUAAAGAAUUAUCAUUAUCCAUGAAUGAACUGCCUAAACAAUUCAAUUCUUUAAUUCAAUUUAGUUUUUCUAAAAUAUAUCAAUAUGGACAACAAUUAAUUACUAUGUUUACAAAUAAUUUAAUAAAUUCUAUAAAUAAAAUACAAUUUAAUCAAUUCAUUAAUAUAAUUUAUUCUGAUUUAGAAUAUACUACUUAUUUAUUUAUAUAUUGGAUGAAUAAUAAUUAUAUUUUUAUUGAAUCAGUAAAUAUUCCAAUAAUUAAAAACAUAUUAUCAAUGAAUUUGAAUAUAACGAGAUCAAAUUUUCUAGAAAAAUUGCAUGGAUACAAUAAAAUUUUUAUUAAUUUAAUUCAAUCUAAAUUCAAUUUAAUUAAAAAUUUUGAUAACAUUUAUAAAGAUUUAAUGAUAUAUAUAGAAUCAAAUACACAACAUAAUUCUUUCCAAAAAUUAAUUGACAAUAUUAAUCCAUUUCUUGAUUAUUUGGUAAAUACAACAAUCGAGAAAUCAGAAGAUUUUUCCAAAGAUUCAAUUAAAGGUUUAAAAAUAAGUUUUAAUGCUUUUGAUGCUUUUUGGUAUUCUAUGGUCGAAAUCCACAAUAUAUGGAUAAAAAUGCCAUCAAAGAUUAGUGAAAUUAUUUACAAUCUUCUUGUUAAUGAUACCAGAAAUUCCGAGAAACUAGGAAAUAUUACAGUUUAUUUAAAACAGGUGAAUGAACGCUUCAAAAUCGCUUAUAGUUUAUUUGAAAGCAUUAGAAACAAUGUUAGCUCUAUAGGGCAAUGUGCCACUGAUAGAAUCGGUGAACAAUGGUGGAAUGAAAAUUCCAAUUAUGAACAGCUGAAUCAGUUCAUCCAACUAAUUAGACAGAAGGAAAUAGACGAAUCUUACAAGAUACCAUUCAAAACACAUUUGAGGAAUUUCACCAAAUCAAUGGAUAAAAAUCAAUAUUAUUUUAAAAUAUAUAUUCCACAGUUAAUCAAGAUAUUUACCUACUACAUACCGAAAAUUUGGCCUUAUUACCUACAGAUCUUAGAAGAACAAUCAAAAAUGAAAUCACAAAUAAAUCAACUAACAACAGAAUCUAACAAUUUUGUAUGAACAAUAUUUCUUUUUCUAUUAUAAAUAUAGUAAUGGAAUGUAUUUCUUUUCUUCUUCCCUGAUCUUAAUGAUAAUUAAUAAAUUCAUACUACUGUUAUAUACAUAAUACAAAAAAAAAUUGGCAAAAUAUUUGUGAACUUAUGACCUUGUCUUUUGUUUGUUUGUUUUUUUAAAAAAAAAACAUAAAAUAACAAUUUUACCAAAUUUU